CUUCCCACUGGGAGGAGAUCCUGGGCUCCUUCGCUCCGUUCCGCCCACGAGGGGACGCGGCUCCGGCUCCCGGGAAGUAAGGCCGCGGCGGCUUCGGCUGUGCUUAUUAAUGUCCUAGAGGCGUAAGGCUAGCUUCGUCUUCCCGCCUACCCGGGCUGUCCUCCCGACCCGCCCUCCCAUAUGGACUGCUGUAGGAUGUGGGAGACGAGCCCCGAGCGGUGAUGUGAGGUGUCAGCUCUGCGGAAUUACCGAGGACUGCUGUGUGAGCUGAGUGUGAAUUACACUUCAGUGUACUCCAAAUUGUAUACUACUGAUGGGAACUAUUAAAGUUUAUAAUGUCAGAAACUUUCCUUAGACCAAAGGUUUCUUCCACAAAGGUCACAGACUGGGUAGACCCAUCAUUUGAUGGUUUUUCAGCGACUGCUGCCAUCACUACUAUCACUGCCUCGUCUUUAGGUUUGAAUAACUCAAGUCACAGAAGGAAAAAAUCGCCCUCCACAUUAGACAGUAACAGAUUGACGAAUAGGAAAAGAGGAAAGCUGUUUUCUUUAGAGCAGACCUAUGGUGUAGAAACUUCAAAAGAGUAUCUGUCUGAUGUUGAGCCGUGGGUGGAUAAAUAUAAACCAGAAACUCAGCAUGAACUUGCUGUGCAUAAAAAGAAAAUUGAAGAGGUUGAAGCCUGGUUAAAAGCUGAAGUCUUAAAAAUGAAGCCAAAACAGGGUGGGUCUAUUUUAUUAAUAACAGGUCCUCCAGGAUGUGGGAAGACAACUACUCUAAAAAUACUAUCACAGGAGCAUGGGAUCCAAGUACAAGAAUGGGUUAAUCCCGUUUUACCAGACUUCCAAAAAGAUGAUUACAAGGAGUUACUUAAUUUAGAUUCAAAAGUCUACAUAGUUCCAUACCAAUCUCAGACAGCAGUCUUCAGUGACUUUCUGUUGAGAGCCACCAAGUACAGCAAACUGCAGAUGCUAGGAGAUGAUCUGACAACUGAUAAGAAGAUAAUUCUGGUUGAAGAUUUACCUAACCAGUUUUAUCGGGAUUCUCAUGCUUUACAUGAAAUUCUAAGGAAAUAUGUGCAGAUUGGCCGGUGUCCUCUUGUAUUCAUAAUCUCUGACAGUGUCAGUGGAGAUAACAAUCAGCGGUUACUCUUUCCCAAAAAGAUUCAAGAGGAGUGUUCUAUUUCAAACAUUAGUUUCAACCCAGUGGCACCAACAAUUAUGAUGAAAUUUCUUAAUAGAAUCAUGACUAUAGAAGCUAGUAAGAAUGGAGGAAGAGUUGUUGUUCCUGAUAAAUCGUCCCUGGAGUUGCUCUGUCAAGGGUGUUCUGGUGAUAUCCGAAGUGCAAUAAAUAGCCUGCAGUUUUCUUCUUCGAAGGGAGAGAACAGUUUAUGGUCAAAGAAAAAAAGAACGUCACUGAAAUCGGAUGCUGCUGUAUCGAAAUCAAAGCAAAGAAAGAAAUAUAAUAGUGCUUUGGAAAAUCAAGAGAUCCAAGCGAUUGGUGGAAAAGAUGUUUCUCUCUUUCUCUUCAGAGCUUUGGGGAAAAUUCUGUACUCUAAAAGAGCACCUUUAACAGAAUCAGACUCACCCCGCUUGCCUGCCCACCUCUCAGAGCAUGAGCGGGACACCUUACUUGUUCAGCCCGAGGAAAUAGUGGAAAUGUCACAUAUGCCAGGAGACUUUUUUAAUUUAUACCUUCACCAAAACUACAUAGAUUUCUUCGUGGAAGUGGAUGAUCUUGUGAGAGCCAGUGAAUUUCUGAGCUUUGCAGAUGUCCUCAGUGGUGACUGGAAUACACGGUCUUUACUCAGGGAAUAUAGUACAUCUGUAGCUACGAGAGGUGUGAUGCAUUCCAAUAAAUCCCGGGGAUUCGCUCACUGCCAAGGAGGAGGAUCAAGCUUUCGACCCUUACAUAAACCUCAGUGGUUCCUAAUACAUAAAAAGUAUCGAGAAAAUUGCCUGGCAGCAAAAGCCCUCUUUUUUGACUUCUGCCUACCAGCUUUGUGUCUUCAGACCCAGCUCUUGCCGUAUCUUGCUCUGCUGACCAUUCCAAUGCGAAAUAAAGGUAACGUGUUUCUUUCCUGUAGAGAACUUGUUACCUAUUAGCUGUAGCAUCCACACCCACGAUGCUUUAGUCUAUAGGGACUGACAUCUGGUUUUCAUUCCUUCUAGAUUUUUGUCUGAAUUGUACUAUGAGGAAUAGCUUUGAUUCUUUUUCAUUGGUUUUCAUUUUUGGUAUCUAUUGAUAAAGACUCUGGGAUCUUCGGUUGCAGCUCCUCACUAUCAUUAUUUUGAUCUCAGAUUGUUCACAGUGGACUAGUUGAUGCUGCUUUAAGCUGUGGUUUUAUUUCCUUUUAUUACUAUUUUUUAAUUAUGUGUAUGUGUCUGCGUGUGGGUAUGUGCACAUGGAUGCACAUGCAGUCAGAGGGCAGAAAGGAUGUUGGAGCUACAGGUGGUUGUGAGUUGCCUGAUGUUGGGAACCCAAUUUGGGUCCUCUGCUGUAAACAUGCUUAACAGCUGAGCCAUGUCACUGGAAACUCAGUGUCAUUUCUAAGCUUUGUCUAUAAAACAAAGCUAGACAAAUUUGUGUGUCUAACAUAAGUCCAUAAUAGAACAUCUAGUUUCUACCUAGCCCGACAGUGUUUAUUCUAACCCUUUCCCUUUCCAUAUCUGUAUUUCUGUUGUGAUUGUUACUGUUUUGUAGGGCUGGAGGCCAGACUUGAUUUUCUUUGAUUACAAGUACUUGGAAUCAAAUUGAGGGCCUUCCUUGUGCAAGCUAAAUGAAUUUGUAUCACUGAAAUAUAUUCCAGAUAUACCUCCCCCUUUGAAUAAUGAAAUUGCCUACCAUUUUUCUAGAUGUAUUUUCUUGUGUGAUCAUUAUACACAUAUGUACUUUUUAUGUAUGUGUCGGUGUGUGCAUGUGCACAUAGAAGUCAGAAGACAACCUCAGGUGUUGUUCCUCAGCUACUAUCCACUGUUUUUUUCUUUUUUCUUUUUUUUAAAUCCAAGACAGGGUUUCACUGUGUAACCCUGGCUGUCUUGGAACUCACUCUGUAGAUCUGGCCUUGAACUCACUGUAGAUCUGUUUGCAUCUGUCUCCCAAGUGCUCGAAUUAAAGGCGUGUACCGCCACAAUCUGGCCAAAAAAUUAUUUUUAAUUGACAAAUUUAAACUGUAUAUGUUUAUGGUAUAUGUGACAU